UUCAAAACGUCUAUAUGCAAAGAAGGAAAGAGAGCUAAAGAUGAGAUACGAUUCCUUACCCGUAAAAAGCCUAAAAAUGGAAGAGCAAGAGGUUCCAGAGACAACCAUUGAUGAUUCUUGCAAUGGAGGAUUUGCUGGUAUGGAUGAAUUUGAUGGCAUUUUGGACAUUGAAGAUGAAGAAAAGCUAUCAAAGGAUAAAAAUAUGUAUGGUUUUUUGAACUGGGAUUUUAUGGAUAUGGAAGAACAACCAAAUAUCAAUGGAGAAGAUGAAGCAGAUGAGUAUUGUAAGUUUGAGGACAGAAGCAGGAGCUUCUUUGAGGAAGAAGAAAGCCAUUUUUACAGCAUAAAGAGAGAGAGUAGUAAUGGGUUCUUAUUAGAUGGUGAAGAUGAUGAUAAGAGAGUUUCAUUGAACUUGAAUUUGAAUUAUCAAGAGGUUUUGGAUGCAUGGUCUGAUAGAGGACCUCUUUGGGCUGAUCACUCUUCUCUUUCUUGCUUCCCAAACAAUGCCUAUUAUAUGGGAGAGGUGCCAGUAAUGGAAGAAGAGAGAACAAGAAGAGAAGCAAGUGUUCUGAGGUACAAAGAGAAGCGUCAGACUAGAUUGUUCUCUAAGAAGAUAAGGUAUCAAGUUCGCAAACUCAAUGCAGAUAAAAGACCUAGACUCAAGGGUAGAUUUGUGAAGAGAGAUUCGUGAAACGGGUACUACAAAUGGGCUGAAAAUAUCUGAAGAAAUUCAUAUCUUGAUGUUUGGACUUUUGCUUAGAAAAUGUGGUCUUCUUAUUUAUUUAUUUAUUUAUUUUUAAAAUUUUUUUGUCUGAAUGAGCAAAAUAUCUAAAACUUUGGAAGAUUAGAAAAUAUCUGUAUGAAUACUUUUGAAA